AUGAGCGAGUCGCUUGUCUCACUGCAGUCUCUGACGCCGCUUGACGUCAAGCAGCUUUCGAGGGAACAAAAGCGUCAGCUUCUGCGGCAGCACCGCGAGCACCCGUCUCGCAAUGCGAAGGUUGUGCUUCUGCUAGGGAAGGAUCUUCUUGCCGGCGGCACCGGUGGCAUGGGGUCCGCAGAGCUGUCCUGCAUCUACGAGCAGGUCCUUAUUGCGGCCCUCGACUGCGGCAGAGUGGACAUGGCGCUGCAGUACCUUGCAGUUCUGCAGAAGUGGUUCGGAAGGCAGUCGCUGCGGGUGCGGCAUCUCGAGGGGUUGUGCUUGGAGGCGGACGGCAAGGCGGCGGAGGCGGAGCGCCUGUACCGCGCCAUCCUGAAGGACAACCCGUCGGAUCAGCUCUCCGUCCUGCGCCUUUCCGCCAUGCUGAAGAGCGAGGGUAAGUACCAGAGGGCCAUUGAGCUCCUAGAAACGCAGCAGGUUUACACCGACGAGGACGGCGAGAGGCACACCUUGCUGGAGGUGCACCGCGGCGACAGCCUCGCCACCUACCGCGAGCUCUCCAACCUCUACUAUCUCUGCGAGGACUAUCGCAUGUCUCUCCACUACGCCGACGAGGCGAUGCUGUUCGACGGCAACAACUACCUCUCCCACACCCGACUGGCGGAGCUGUACUACAUCGUAGGCGACCACAAGCGCUGCCUCGUUGAGUACGCGCAGUCGCUGCGCCUUAACAGCCACGCAAACAACUGCAGGGCCGCGUAUGGUCUCUGGGUCACCGCCAACGAAGUCGUGCGGCAGGCGCGGUCGGCUUCGAAGCGGUCGGACAGUGAACAGGCGACGGAGGAGGCGGUGGCGCUGCGUGAGUGGGCGGAGAAGAAGCUGCUGGAGAUCUACGAGGGCAGUCCGAUGCUUUCCGCCGUGCAGGCCAUGCUGCAGCACGGGGCCUGA